ACAAAGAGAGACAACUUACAUCUACCGAACCUUGAUUCAAAAGAUACAACAGUACAGUGUCCCCCGGCGCUGGGCUUCGAUAAAACCCGAAACAUGGAACAUCCCGGAACAUUCCGGAACUUCCCGGAACAUCCCGGAACAUGAAAAAAUAAAAAUAAUUUUCAUGAAUAAAAAAAUAAUAAAAUAAUAAUAAAAAAUAAUUUUUGUAAAAAUUAAUAAGAACGUAAAAUAACAAAAAAGAAACGAAAAAUAAUGAAAUAAUCAAGAAAAAGAAACUGGUAUCCUCUCUGAGUAUGAGAAAACAAUAUUUUGUCGCAACAAAUUAAAAUUUGUUGGGCGAGUGAGGGUUCAUGCAAAUGACAGUAAUGAGUGAAGGCUUGCUUCUAAAUUCAAAAUAUAUUAAAAUGGGUCGCGAGGAGGGGGUUUUCAAGCUUUCCUCACACAACCACCUCUUGUAAUUGUUUACCAUGAGUUAAUCAUUUGGCGGUUAUCCAUUUACGGUUCUGCGAUGGUCUGAAAUGUCGGUGCAGUAUUUCAUGUCUAGCCAAGUCGGUAAGUAACUCAUGUCAAGCCAACAUAUAGUCUCCUUAUAUAUAACCGACAUUUGCUUACUUAAGGUGCUUUGCUUCACUUGAGGUUGACAUGAAUUACUUACAGACUAGGCGGCUCUGUAAACUUAAGAAGAGUAUAGGGGCUCCUGUCUUUGGUUUUUUAGUGGACAAUACUCACAUUCGUAGUAGUUUCUAUACUGUUUACAGUCAGCAUGAUAUUUCAGACGUCUCCUCGAGUCGCAAGAGGAGUUUGCGGAGAGACGACUAGAAUUCAGGCUAACUGAUAACAGUUAGAAACUACCACUGCCACUGCAGCUAUUCUGCGGCGAAUGUGAAUGUUUAAUUUAAUCAUCCAAGUCCAAAGCGACGAGCCCCUAAGCUCUUCUUACGGUCGCAAAGCCGUAAAUUGAUAACCGUUAAACCGCAUGGCAAACAUUUACAAGAGGUGGCUGUGUGAGGAAAGCUUGAAAACCCCCUCCUUGCGACCCAUUUUAAUAUAUUUUGAAUUUAGAAGCAAGCCUUCAAUCAUUACUGUCAUUUGAAUGGACUCUCACUCGCCCAAAAAAUUCAUUGCGACAAAAUAUUGUUUUCUCAUACUCGGAGAUGAUACCAGUUUCUUUUUCUUUCUUUCUUUCUUUGUUUCUUUAUUUUUCGUUUUUAUGUUAUGUUAUGUUAUGUUAUUUAUUUUGUUAUUAUAAAUUUUUGCAAAAAUUGUUUUCUAUCUAUUGUUCUUUUUAUUAUUAUUAUUUAUUAUUAUUAUUUUUAUUAAUAUUUUUAUUUAAUUAAUUAAUGAUUUUUUCAUAAAAAAAUAUUUCAAUUUUUUCAUGUUCCGGGAUGUUCCGGGAUGUUCCGGAAUGUUCCGGAAUGUUCCAUGUUCCGGGUUUUGUCGACGCCCAAACGGAAUACACUUCCCUCAAGAUAAAAUAUAAGAUCUCCGACUGUCUGAAACUCGACACUGCGUGACAACAAGUGACGUGUGCUGAUUGGUCAGACGAACAAAACAACAGCUAGUCAGACAGUUUUCAACAUGUUUUUGUAAAAACCACACGCCUUCUAUCCGCUACAUAUUAACAGUAAACUAACCUCGAAGAUAGUCACUCACCUUCUCCUCGUUCCCGCUCGUCUUCGUCUAUACGACGCCUGUUUCCCCUUGCUGUUUCUCGCUCUCUUCUUCGUCGCUCGUCGCUAAUUCGGCGUCUAUUUUCUCUUGCUCUCUCUCGUUCAUUCUCGAGUUGCUCUUCAGUGAAAUUUUGCCUCCUUUCUCUGUUUCUCUCGUGCUCCCUCUCACGUUGCUCAUCAGUAAAAUUGCGCCUCCUUUCUCUAUUCCUUUCCUGCUCUCUCUCCCGUUGCUCGUCAGUAAAAUUGCGCCUCCUUUCUCUAUCCCUUUCCUGCUCUCUCUCACGUUGCUCAUCAGUAAAAUUGCUUCUCCUUUCUCUAUCUCUUUCUCUCUCCCUUUCCCGUUGCUCGUCAGUGCAGUUUCGCCUCCUUUCUAUAGCUCUCUGUCGCUCUCUCUCUCGUUGAGCUUGGCUUGCUUGCCGCCUACUUUCCCGUUUUCUCUGUCUCUUCCUGUCUCUGUACUCCAAACUAGAGGACAUAAUCAGUAAAAAAUUUACAAAAAAUAUAGAAGUAAAAACAAUUUACAUCAACCGAUACGAAAAAUUUCUUUUUGUUCUGAAUUGACUUCGCUGAACUAAAUUGCUGUUGCUUGGUUGCUUACGCUAUACAAAACGCGGGUGGCCAUUCGUUUUCGCGCCAAAAAAAAGACCUCAGACUCACAGACUACGCCCCCCGGGCGGGCGGGCGGUGUACGGUCACGUGAUUACCAAAUUUUCUGGGAUGGGUAGAUUUACUUACCCAUGGUGCUCCGCAGGCGCGCUUCGCGCGCCAGAGCUCCGCUAUUACUAGGACUGCAUAAACUAUAUAAGUGCAUGACCCUACCAAAAAGAGUUAAAACAAUUAUGUCAACACUAUAUUAUAAAAAUUACCUAGACUACUUAAAUGGUAAAAAACUGCAUAAAACCUACUAAAAACGAGAUUAAAAAGCACAUAAAAUUACAAAAAACCUUUCUGAAAUAAAAAUGUCUUGAGUGUCUUUUCAAAAGAUGCUACUGAGGGGCUACUCUUAAUUGCAUAGGGCAAUGAAUUCCAUAGUUGAGGAGCAGCAGCAGCAAAAGAUCGAUCUCCUAACGUUGUUAAAGUCUUGGUUUCACAGGGUUUAGUAGCAGUCUAUCACAAUCGGAAAGUAAAUUGUAGUUACAUGCUUCUUUAAGAUUGAUACGUUCCUGGAGAUAAAAAGGUGCUAGGCCAGUGAUAGCCUUUUACGUUAACAGUAGUAUCUUAAAGUCAAUUUUGAAUUUAACCGUCAACCAGUGCAGAUUAUACAGCAUCGGUCUUACGUGGCAGUAUUUAGAUUCCUCGAAAAUUAACCUAGCGGCAGCAUUUUGGACCCUCUGUAGCUUAUUAAGCUAGUAGGCUGGCGGGCCAUAGAGCAGGCUGUUACAGUAGUCGACGCGACAGUGUUAUACAUAGAAGUUUGGCACUAUCACAACAGCUAGUUACUUCUCGUCGACCACAACAGGGCUGAAGACGUGUUUGUUAUUUUUAAAGUCGAUGAUCAUCUCCUUGCAUUUGUCAGCAUUUAGUUGCAUGCAUUGCUCACGUGACCAGUCCUCGACGGCACUAACUGCGCUUUGAAUGUCACCCUGUGCACCUCGCGGGACUAACUCAUCAAUAGUAGAGAGAUUAAGCAUCGCGUUUCUAGCAAACGGCAAACUUGAGUUUCAAGUUGAGAAAUUUUUAAAAUGAGCAGAUAAAAGCAGCUUAAAACAAUUCUUAUGGAUAAAAUUGGGCUGAAUCUACUGAUUUUCGUGUAGUUAUAAUGAACAGAAAACGACUAGUGAAGGGGAAACUUGCUUACGUUCGCCUUUUGCGGUAAACGCGAAGCUUAAUCUCUCUGGUAAGUAUCAUCAACGUACAAAAUGUGCUUCUAUGUGUCCACACUGAAAACCCCUGAGGAAUAACUAUGGGCCUAGUUUGGUUCCUUGAGGCACACCAUCGGGCACAGGGCCCCAUUCAUAAAAACGGUCUCUGGGCAACUUGUUGUUGUCUAUGCGUUAAGAAGUCGGCCAUCCAGAGGGUAACAGCGCUAGGAAAAGAUAGGCCGAAAACGUUGCCCACAAGUAGGGUGUGGUCGCUGAGAUCGAAGGCCUUCCUUUAAUCAAACGGGACGACUCUCACAGCAGCCCCAGACCCGUCGGUGGCUUGCAACCAGGUACAUGUAGCAUGUACGUAAGGGCGUGUAGGGUAGAGGACGCUGGGAUGCAGCCAUACUGAUUUGCAUCAAUUACCUCCAGAACCGCAGGGCCGAAAUGGAGAGCGACGACAAAGUUCUGUGCAAGUUUAGAUAUUACGGAGGUUAGGGAGAUCGGACGAAGAUUUUUGUUGAUGUCAGUAACAGGUUUUAGCUUGGUGACAGGCACCAUCUUCCAGGAUGACGGGCGUCGCUGCUCCUCGAAACUGCUGUUUUGCACAGUUGUAACUGGGCAAGCAAGGAUGCCUGCGUACGCCUUCACCAUACUACCCCAUUUAGUCCUGCCGCCUUCGUUUUAAAGCGGAUAAAACGGCGGGUUCGGAUAGGGUCAGCGGUGACAAAUCCUCACUGUGUGACGGGAGGAGUUCAAGCCUUUGGAAGAACUCCAUAGGUUGCAGGAAUCCUAAGUUGAUUUGGCUGGCAAUCUCUUGGUCAGACAGAAGAGCGGAACCUCGAUCUAUAAGUUGGCAAACAAAGGGUCUGAGCCAGGAGCGAGAGCCAUGUCAGGGAUCCACUUGACCGCACUUCACCACUAGCUAGGCUUCGCUUGCUUUAGGUGGAUCGCUUUUGAAGCGUAGUAGUUGCUACGGAGAACUAUUUCCUCUGUCUAAAGGAAGGGCCAAAAUGAAAAAUCCGGCCGCAUUUUUUGCGUUCGCUAUUAGUUUACUUUGAAAUAUCCUGCCAGCAAACCUCCUUAACGUGUACUAACCAGGCUUUUAUACUUUUUACAUACUAUAUCACUUCUAAAAGGACUAAAAGUAAAUAGUAGUUUUAGGCGCCGAAUUUAUUCAGACCAUACUUGGUAAUUAUUGGGAGUUUCAAGAAACGGCCCUUUGAGAGAAGCAAUCAACAUUUUGGCGUUGGCUUUGAGUGAUUACCGGAAAGCAUAUGACAUGAUACCACAUAGCUGGAUUGUCAAGUGUUUGGAGGUGUUUGAAGUAGCUGAGAACUGUGAAAAGGUUUUUUUUAUUAAUGGUAUGCAGACAUAGAAGUAGAGUUAUCAUCAUCAGGCGAGAGGUUGGAAGUCAUUAAUUAGAAGAAGAGGCAUUUUCCAGGGCUACUUGUUUUGUGCAUGAUUCCAUUAACAUUGGUGUUGAGAAAAUCAACAACAGGUUAUGAUCUUGAGAAGGAUUUAAGGUUAAACAUCUUUCUUAUGGACGAAUUAAAAUUGUUUGGGAAAAGUGAAGACCAAAUAGAUUCGUUGGUGCAAACUAUACAGUUGCUUAGUGAGGACAUUAGAAUGGAAAUUUUAUUGAAAAAGUGUAGUGUGUAACAUAACGUUACCCAUUGUUUUAACCAAGGGAAAAAGUGGGCUCCUCCAUACUAAUAAGUGUCUUCCUCCAUAUCUAAUGAGCGUUCCUCUUAUACAGUAGGAACAGGCUUGUCUAGAAUUAUACCCGGUAAGUAACUUGAGGCCGGUUUGCCGGAACGGCCUAUUAAAAGAAUAGGACCAAGAGAAGCAUCCCUAAUAAUUUAAGCGUUAAAAAUCUUAUAUAUGAACAAAACACACACACACAGAAACUGGAGCUGAGACAGGGGCACCCAACGACCGUUUUCGGGGAAAUAUCUGUUCGGAGCCCUCUAGAAUGGCUAAAAUUUUCGGGAGCCCAAGAACAGCUAAAAAUUUCGAAAAUGUUUCGUGGCGAUUGUUUGUUGGGCUCAGAGUUUCGGGAUUUGUGUGAUUUGUUCACCUAAGAAUUUCGGAUUUUGUAGUAAUCUCUAGAUCACCUAGAAAUUUCGUAGCUUUCGUAGUAAUCUCUACAUUCUGAUUUCGGCACCUAGAAAUUUCCUAGCUUUCGUAAACUAAGCCGGCAGUUCGGCAGGGUACAAGACGUUUCAACUGGCUUUAAAAUCACAUAAAUGCCUUUUAUUUUACACCUAGAAUUUUCUAUACAUUCAUUAGACGUUUCAACUGGCUUUAAAAUCACUUAAAUGCCUUUUUUUUUACUCCUAGAAUUUUCUAUACAUUCUACGUCGCCCUAGAAAAUUCGGAGACAUUCUCAAACUACAUAAAGUUUUCGGAGAAAACUUGAAAGGACCCCUAAAAAUUUCGGUCAAGGGAAAAGCUCGUCAGGUAAUCUUACGUUUUCGGAAAGCUUUCACUGUAGGCUGUUAUUUUCGGGAAAGGCGAAAAACAGCCCUAAAGAAUUCGAGAGGUUCAAACCACUCCUAGGACGACCGAACAGAUCAAAUUUUUUUAGCGAUGCAAAUUAUUCAUUUAUAUUGCUUUUAAAGCACUCCAGGAUGCAUAACGAGCCAUUUCAGAUCAUUUCCCAGAAAACGGUCGUUGGGUGCCCCUGCUGAGAACUCUUUGUUUCAAUUUUGACUGGCUAUUUCAAAACCGCUUGUCUCAGAGUGUAACUGAAAAAUCUUUAAUCAUUUCUUUAAAUCAUCAUGACUAAACAGAGGAUAUAAACAAAUCUCAAGCACAAAGUUCAGGUAUUCUAUGUCGAGGAGACGACUAACUCUCGGCGCUUGGUGAGCUUAAUAUGGUCUUGUUAUUUUCACGCGCCGUUAGUCAGUUAAUUCAUGAUAUGCGAGUUAAAAAGCCUACAUUUGCAUACAAAAGGCUCCACAAUAAAAAACCCCAAGGGAUAACCUUGACUUGUUAUUAUAAAAACACACAAAAAAAACAAUUAUUAACUUAACAAGGAUCAAAUGAAACACGCUACUAAUAAACGCUAGCAAUAAAACCAGUCAAGAGAGAUAAAGCCAGAUAUCUGCUUUGCAACUAAAAUUAUCGCUUAUCUUUUCCAUCGUCCCGAAGAUCGUUUCCAGAAAGCACAUAAUCCAUGUUGCCCUGUAUUUCUUGCAUAGCUGGAAGAAGCGGGACGGGCGAGUUAUUUGGGACGCUCUUAAGGAAUAUUUUCUUGAUACCCUGCUUGGGUAAAGCCCUCCUCACAGGGCAGGAGGUUUUUUCGCAGUGGGCAAUUAUCUUGGGUAGUAGUUUUUAGAUCAAUCAGCAGAUAACCAAAAAGUCUUUUUACGGCCUCUUCGUACUGAUUUAAAAAGAAAUAAGUUUGCCCGGGAUACAUUUGCUUGGCCAGAGUCAAGUUUUGCAAUUUGUCUCGUGGAUUCUUGAAUAGCAGCAAAUAAUGACCGUUUAGGCUUAUGCUGCGACUUCCCUUCCCCUGAUCUUGAUGAGAUUUCGAUGAUGAGAACCACGAGUAAAUAGGUUCACAAUUCUCUUGUCUUUACUGGCGUCAAUCAUCUGAUCAUCAAACACGAUCAGAUUCUGUUUGUUCACAUCAAAAUAGGAAUCCUGCUCCAAAGCCGUAGGAAUUCCCUUGAUAAAUUCAAUGUGUGGCAUGGCGAAUAGCAUUUCUGUAUACGCAGGCUGCCAUUGUAAAUAACACCAGACGAUCCUCUCUGGGGGAAGGUAAAUUGCCUUUGAAGCUUGAUGUAAUAGAGAUAGAACCCAGGCUGCUUUUCCGGACUUGGUCAUUCCAGCAGUCAUGGAGGUGAAAGGAUGUUCAAAGCGAAACCGCUGACAUUUCUUUGAAGACAUCGGAACUGUUUGAAAUGGGGUGAGAUUAGCAUUGCGGUGUUUAGACAUCGCGUGCCUUUGAAUGCUAUCCUUUCUACUAAACGAUUUUUCGCAAACGGAACACAACCAACUCAUGUCAACUCCUCAGGAGCAGAAUGUAGACUGAGAAAAAGGUAGAAUGUUGCUCGUUUAUAUAGGUUUGGCAAACCAUGAAACUACAUUUCUAUUGUUUUCCUCCACCACCACCACCACAUUUAUAUUGUUAAGUUAUUAAUUGUUUUUGUGUGUGUGUUUUUUAUAAUAGUAUGUCAAGGUUCUCUCUUUGGGUUUUUACUGCAUAGCUGAGCCAAUUUGUAUGCAAAUGUCGGCUUGUUAGCUCGCAUAAUUAACUGACUAACAGCGCGUUAAAAUGACAAGACCAUAAGCUCACCAAGCGCUGAGAGUUAGUCGUCUCCUCGAGAUAGAAUACCUGAAUUUUGUCCUGGAGUUUUGUUUAUAUCCUAUUUUUAGUCAUGAUGAUUUAAAGAAAUGAUUAAAGAUUUUUCAGUUACACUUUGUAACGAUAGCGUGUUCAACAACUGAGCGCUUUCAUUUUGAACGCAUAAUAGUUUCUACACGGGCCAAUCAUCAGGGUUAAAAGAGACCUGGCAAUUCUAGGCAAGUCUAUUGUUCUUAUUGUAUAAGAGAGACGCUCAUUAGAUAUGGAGGAAGACACUUAUCAGUAUGGAGGAAACCGCUUUUUUCCUACGUUAAAACAAUGGGUGACGUCAUGGACUCGACCCUUACGCAUAUCAAUGAUUUACCUCAACCUUACUCGACACCAAAGGGGUUUUAAUUUCGUCCCUCUAUCACUACUGUGCUGGUGAUGACAAGGGAAAAGAAGGUAAGGUUUGAGGGUAUAACUCUUUUGUAUGAGCGGAUAAUGGGAGAAAUCGAUGAAAGAAGGUAAAAAUAUUUGGGGAUUAUUGAGGCGGAUUUAAUAAUCGAAAAGGAGAUGAAAAAAAUUCAAGAGAGUAAAAAAGAAGGCUGAAACUAAUGUUGAAAUCAAGAUUGAAUUGAAAGAAUAAGGUUAUAGCGAUUAACACCUGCGCAGCUGUCAGUGCUGAUCAAGUAUGGAGCAGGUAAGAUGGGCAAAGGAAGAACUGAAAACAUUGGAUAAAAUGACUAGAAAGGUGUUGACAAUGAAUGGUGCUUUCCAUUCAAAAAGCGAUGUUGAUAGGUUGUAUGUAUCAAGGGAGGAUGAAGGUCGGGCCGACUAAUAAGCUGUGAGGGGUGUGUGAGAGGUGAGUAAAACAGUUUUGGGUGGUGUGUGAAGAAUUCUUGGGACGUUUUACUGCAAGGGGUAAGGGGUAAGGUAUAUUGAAAGUGAGUAAAUUGUCAGUUAAGUUUAUUGAAGACAUCUUGGAACAAUGAGCUGAAACUCGACAGUUGGAAGGAAAAAAAGCUGCAUGGUGAAUUUUAUGAGAAAUACCCGGAACAACACAUGUAAGAAAACUUGGAGGUGGUUACGAAAAGCAGACUCGAAGAUCAAAACAGAAGCACUUAUUUGUGCAGGCAAGGAACAGGCUCUCAGGACCAACCAUGUAACUGAUACCAUGUCGACAAUACCGCGCGAAUCCCCCUUAGGUAGGUAAUGUGGCGAGAAGGCGAGAGUGUAAACCAUAUUGUCUGUGAGUGCAACUGAAAAGUUAGCCCAAAGGGAAUAUAAACAGAGACAUGACAAUAUUGCAAAAGUAGUUCGUUGGAAGUUAUGUGAGAAAUAUCAUCUGAGAAAGAAGGACGUACGAACACGUGCCUGACAGUGUGAGUAAAAACGAUGAAGUUACACUACUGUGGGAUAUAAUGAACAUUCAAUGUGAUUAUGUCAUCGAUGCUACAAUAGACAUGAUCAUGUGGUUGUAAACAAACAGGAGAGAGAGAGUGCGCCAUUGUCGAUAUUGCUUUAGAAGGGGAUAAGGGAAUUGUUGAAAAGGUUAAAAAAUAUCUGGAGCUUAAAGGGACAUUACAAGGACGUGGAACACGAGAACUGUGCAGGUGAUACAGAUUGUUGUAGAAUCAUUCGCAAGUGUGAUGAAGAACUUGGAGAAGUGGCUGGAAAGUUGGACACAAGAAUUUGUAUUUCAUUGCCCCCAAAAAACUACGCUUCUAGGAACAGAAAGGAUUUUAAGAAAAGUAUUAGUCAGUUCAGAGUAAGGAGUCGAAAUCUAAGGGUCCUUUUUUCAUGGGUUAUGACUCGCUCCCUGAGCAAGACAACAACGCAAUGAGACCAGCCAGUGCACAAGGCAAGAAAUAAUAAUAAUAAUGAUGACGAUGAUGAUAAUAAUAAUAAUAAUAAUAAUAAUAAUAGUAAUAGUAAUUUGAAUGAUAAUUUUAAUACUUGUAUAGUUAAUAAGGGAAAUAGGACUGAGUGGAGUCAGGAGACCACAUAGCUGGAGUCCGAUUUAUUUAAUCAUGAGUAACAAUUAAUCAUAACUAAACAAAAUUUUGUGAUAAUUUCAGAUUUUAUUAGCUUUAAAACACAAUAUCUAGCGAGAGUUUUUUGCGGAUAGAAGAAAAAAUAAAACAACUACUCCCCCCCCCCAAAAAAAACAAAAACAAAACAACGGUAACAACAACACCGAAGAGCGCGCGCGGCAUGGCGUGAUUAUUGUACCAUUACUCAGGUUUAUAUGACGGGCACUGUCCCAUUACACUGUUAUAAUCAUAUUUAGAACACCAGUUAAUAGUUGUAAUAGGACUCGCACUGGAAUCAAUUCCGUCUGUAAUCAUCGGAGUGAUUAGAGAAAACUGUUUCUUAUGAAGCAGUUUCCAUAUCAAAAAAUACUCAUUCACUGUGCAGAUUCAGUUAUGUCUGCUUGUCAUUCAAUUAUGUCCGUUUGUCUUUUAAUUAUGUCUCCUUGUCAUUCAAUUACUAUGUCUCAUCAUGCCUGCUUGACGUUCAAUUAGGUUCGAUAUUAUCUUUUAAUUACUACUUUUUGUCUUUAAAUUAUCCCUGGACAUUUAGUCAUUUAAUUAUAACUGUUUGUCAUGCAAUUUCUUACCUUAUGAACUUCAUUGAAUUAUGGCUUGUUGCGAUUCAAUUAUUCAAUAUCGUUUCAAUAUCGAUUGACCGCUUGUACCUGAGCCCGCAAAAGCACCGCUGAUUACUGACUCUCAGGAUAUCCACCGCUUCAUUCAACAAUGUUAAUGCUCGUUGAUAAUUUUCUUCUUUUCCCUCGGAAUCGCUCACAUCUUGAAUUUCCUUCGACGCCAUUUGCAAACCUCGUGCAAGAAAGGCGCGAAGAAGCAGUAAUUGGAAGAUAAUAUCGAACAUAAAUAAUUGAAUGUCAAGCAGGCAUGAUGAGAUAUAGUAAUUGAACGACAAGAAGACAUAAUUGAAAGACAAACGAACAUAAUUGAAUGACAAGAAGACAAUUGAAUAACAAACGGACAUAACUGAAUGACAAGCAGACAUAAUUGAAUCUGCACAGUGAAUAGUAUUUUUGAUAUGAAAACUGCUUCAUAGUUUCUCAGUAUUCCUUUUGUGGGCGAAAAUGACAAUUCAGAAUUAAACGCAAACUGAAUAGUAGCAUGCACCUCUGUUUUGCAGACGUAAACGAGUGUGUAACAGGAAAACACAACUGUAACAGCAGCUCCCUAUGCUAUAACACCAAAGGAUCCUUCCGAUGUUUCUGCCCGCCAGGAUAUUUCGGCGUUAAUUGCACAGGUAAAUAUAAUGUACAUUGAAAUUGUAGAUAACCUCUGAUAAAAAACGCCGCUGUGUGAUCGGAUCUAUCAAAUGGUGAAAGCAUUGUCAUUAUCGUCAUCAUUGAUAUCGCGGUUGUUUCCCCUUUUUUGUUGAUAGCUAUUUUAAAGAAAACAGAAACGAGAAAGUUUUAAGGAAUUCCUAAGGUUUCAAUUUGAUAAAAGCAAAUGAAGUUUUGGCAUGAUCUUUACGGUAUAGUAAUACAGGAAACAUUUUUGCUUAACUUGUUGCGCAACAUUAUUACAUUCCAAGUUGAAAAGCGUUGUUAGCGGCCGUCGAGUUCAAGAGUGCAAAUUAACGGUGCAGCCUUUAAAAUUAAACUUCCCGGUAUUCUGGGCCAUGGCUGUUUGUAUGUUUGAUUUUGUCUUUAAAUUAGUAUCAUUUCAGUAGCUUUUAAUGCUGCUCUCAUUUCGGUGUCUGAACACCGACAUGAUAUGACUUGAAACUUAAAGGUUGCCAGUACAAUCGAUUCACGAGAAUUGCGUAAGUAAAAAAAGCUCCACAUGUACCCCCCUCCCUCAAUGAAGCUUUGCGUCUCUGGGUUAAGGGAAAAAGCUGACAUUGGGACCGAUGAGGGGUUUUUAGCAGCAACAAAGGAACUAGUACAACACAAAAAAAAAUUUCUUUUUGCAAUCGUUGAUGUCUGUUUUAUUUUCUGUUAUUUUUAGCGUUCAUGGACUCAAAUAUAUUGAAAACAAAUUAUUCUUAUUUGUUCCAUCUGGGAAAAUUUCUGGAGCCUGCGGUUGGGUACAAUUCCCACUGGCUACUGUGUUGGCGGGCUACAUUGCACGGCUGGAAUGUCGAAAAACAGUUUCACAGACGCUGCGAUGGAAAAAGAGACACAGUUACCAUAAUAAAAAAGGGUAAAUACGUUUUUGGAGGUUACACGGACAUUCCUUGGGGUAAGAAUAUUGCUUGCUCAGUUUAAAACCAAAUAGCAAUAAAACGUAAAGUUGAGCCAGACCAGACUUCUUAACUAUUUUUUACUGCUGUAAGAACUAGGGAGGCUGGCUCUUACGUAUUAACGAUUCUGUAAAAUUGCGGAUAUGUUGAAUAUCUAUCCUCCCAGUUUCUGGCGAGAAAAUACAUGAUCCAUAGUAUUGACUCAAAGGCUGUUAGUCUUCUACACAGGCUACCAAACUGUGACCCCCACGGGCAUUUUUGUCUGAUUUUUGGCAACAUAGCUAUUCUUACUAACUCGAGUACGCUGAUUUCGAAAAUUGCUGUUGCCAGUCUCAAGCUUGUGUUAAGGUGGAGUUUUGGGGCAUUUCCUUAUGAUAUCACUGUGCAAAUAAGGAGUUUUCUUUCCUUUCCCGAUUUUGAAUUUAAUAGAUCCAGAAAUGGUUUCAAAGAGUUCUACGUAUAUUUUAAAGACCAUUUAGAGAAUUUAUAAAACGCUGUUUCUGCGAAUUUCGAGGCGUUGCAUGACAAUUGACCACACCCUUUGAUAUAAAAUUCACACAAUUAUGGCUAAAGAUGUGAUAUUUUUCGUAAUAAUUCUAUUGAGAUAAAUAAAAAGUAUAUUAAAAUAAGCCAUUCUUUGAUUGCACGUGCUCUUGACAAUUAUUGCAAAACCUUCCCAUUCCUGCACUUUUCCUCUCACUAAUAGUUACAAGACCAAGGCAACUUCGAAAUUCAAGUAAGUUCACAUAGUUUAGGAUAGCUGGACUGCUCAAUAAAAUGUCGGUGCAUGGAGACAUCUAAAAAGAAAAGGAGCUGCAGCGAUUCUCUCAGUACAGACGCUGAGGAGUGGCUUUCCACAAGGACCGACGAGAGAUGUGCAAAGCUGCUAGAAGCGCAAAGACACAGAAAAGUGUUGGUGAUGAACAAAAUAAAGAGACAAGAAAAAGAGAAAGCGUAAGAGAUGUAACCACUCCUAGGGCUUUCCAAAAGUUGCUUGGCAACUUUUUGGCAACUUCUCGAGUUAUCUUCUAAUUCUGAGAUAUCGGAGCAGCUUUUAGAGCUUCAAAUUGGCCUUUCUUCCAUAUUUCACAAUGUUUAAAUAAACAAUUUCUGAAUUUCCUAUAAAAAAAGAAGCCAAAUCCUCCCUCCCGGGGCAGAUCAUGGGCGCAAGAUAAAAGUAGCCGGGCUGCUAGGUCAGCUGUUUUUAGAGAAAAUUCAUAAUGGUGGACGAAGAUUCACACUCGACUGACUUGUGUCUCGGAUGAAGAAGGACAUUCAACAUUUUUAUUGGCUCAUUAGACUUUCUGGUUUUUAUUUAGGACAAAGUUAUUUAGCAACGCUGGUUACGCCGCAAAAUUGCACAAAAUGCUUAGAAAUCUUACUUUUGUUGUACAAUUUGCAUAUUUUAGCAUCAGACCAAAAAAAGUUUUUUGGUUUUUUUCGAGCAACUUUUGAGGAACUUUUGUUUGUUUUUUGAGCAACUUUUUUGAGAAAUACGGGAAACUUUUUGGUUUUUGGAAACUAUUUGGUGCUUAACGAAGAAGAAAAAAAAAACAAGGAAAAAAAGGUUAAACAGAAGCAUUACACUUGACGGUGGAAAUAACAAGACUUAAAUCCCAGAAAUUUUCGCUUUCGAAUUUUUUUAACUCCACGCAAACAUGCCAGGCAUCCGACCCGGCAAUCCCUCUUAAAUUUCUCAUAACUAUACAUAAUUCUGCGAAUGAUUGGACAAGAAUCAACCAAUCAAACACUACCCGGUUUUCGGGUAGUGAGGUCACACUGGACGGGAUUAGCAGCCGGUUGAUUCAGGCGUUGUUAAAAGAGUAAAAAACGACUCGAAGUAAUCGUCUGAAAUUCAGGCUAAUCUGGAUAAUGCAAUAAAAUUCCGCCUAGCUGAGGUCAGCGAUCUCAUUGCUGCAAAAGGGCCUGGAAGGUACAAAAAGUGUCUGAGCGCUUAGUACCAGACUGGCAAAAAGAAAGAGGAAUCUCAACAGGCAGUUAUCGUUAUGAUUUUAUCUGCUUUGAGCUCGGUCACUAUACUGCAGAGCAUAACCAAAUACUUCAGCUAUCUGACGUAUGGCCGGGAUAUAAUAAGCUAGCCCAAAAAACCAAUACACAAAUACCGCAGUCAUCUAUCAACAGCAAAGCAUCAUGAGAAAAGUUGGAGACUUGUUCGAAUUCUUAAGCACUGAUACGGGGGAUUACAUCAUACAAGUUAUGACGUACGCUCCUAGUUAGUCAACGCUGUUAGUAGAUCUACUGCACCAGGCGGGCCAUAUACAGCUACAACAGCCAAAUCCUUAAGUUGGACCCCUCACUGGGGCAAGAUACAGUCUGUUCUUGAAAGAGAUAAAUGGCACCGUUGUCCUAACUGGUUCUAAAACCGGACAACUUCCUGAUGCAGUUCACUGCUAAUAACAUUGACAUCAACCAUUCGUUACUAGGUGGAAAGGACACUUUCCACUCAACACAGGUACCUGGUUGACAAAGAGGCCCAAAUAAACCAAAGCAUUUAGCAAGCUUGAGGCCCAAAGUGAAUUGUGAAAUAACUAGGAUUCAACAUUGCACAAGAAAAACAAAAAGUUGUAUAUGUAUUCCUAAGUACAUUACAAAAAAAUAAUGGCUGUAUUUACACUAGGCUGUUAAGUAAGACUUAAGAGCUGCUAAGUUUUACUUAACCAAAAAUUCGUGUGUGAAGGCCUGAGUAAAAUCGCAAGUAACUUUACUUUGCAUCUCAUUAAAGUCGGAAAGUUGAAACGAUUCAAGAGAGUUUCAGGCGACUUGAAAAGCAUCCUUAAAACCGACUUAGCUGACUUGCGGUUACUUGCGGUUUCUUGGGGUGCUUACCAUUUAACAGAAAAAUCUGGCUGGGGUGUCGAAAGCAUAAUGGUAAGCGAUUUACCAGUUUACCGUAGAGUUGCCACAUCCGUUAAGGUUGGAAUCCAAAAAGGCCGGCGAAUGCGUCUGGAACCGAGAAAUUGGUAGAUGGUAAGCAACAUUGCGUUUGGUUUGUACCAACUGGAAUGAACGGACUACCUCAAAACGUACUCCUCAAUUUUUGGUUGGAAUUUCCGAAAAGUGACCUUACCAUUUACCAUCCAUCCGGAAUUUCCGACAUUUUCUGUCAAAUGGUAAGCACCCUUGAGGUUUGAGAAAGGCGAAACACGUCAAUCAAUCGUAAUUAUGUUGCGUGGGAAAAUAGCCUUAAGUUAACCUGAAGUAAAAAAGAAUCGGUUGUGUUUGAAGCUUUAUUUUGCUUGAAGUAAUUAAAAUUUGCUGCUCUUGAAAUAUUUCUUAGCUUAUUUAGGCUCUAGUGUAAAGACCACCAUUGUGAUAAAUAUACAAGUGAUA